GUGAUAGAAACAUCUAAUCCUUCGGGAACUCAUAUAUUUUUUCUUGGCAAUGGUAAAAUAAUUGCUUCGGUUCACGAAAGUAUUUUUAUUAAGAUUGGUCCACAUGACAAAGUUAAUCCCAUUUUACAAGUUAUCGUUAGCACUGCUGUUGGUGCUUUAACAGGAGCAGCCUCGGGAGCCUUAAAAGGUGGAGUUGCUGAGGCUGUGGCUGGGGCAGGAGUAGGAGCAGUAAAAGGAGCUAUGGGGGGGGCAAUUAAAGCAGGGAUGCAACAAGUUUGA